AAACCCCAAAACCCUAGGCCUUCUUCUUCUAACCCGUCUCAGAGAUCCUCCAAGCUCCGACUGAGGUAAUGGCUCCAAAACAGCCAAACACUGGGAUUUUUGUGGGAUUGAAUAAAGGCCACAUAGUGACCAGGAAGGAAUUAGCUCCACGCCCUUCUGAUCGCAAAGGGAAAACUAGUAAAAGGGUACACUUUGUUAGGAAUUUGAUCCGGGAAGUUGCUGGUUUUGCACCAUAUGAAAAGAGAAUCACUGAGCUUCUUAAGGUAGGCAAGGACAAACGUGCACUGAAAGUUGCUAAGAGAAAGUUGGGAACCCACAAGAGGGCAAAGAAGAAGCGCGAGGAGAUGUCCAAUGUCCUCCGUAAGAUCAGGGCUGGUGGUGGAGCUUCGGAAAAGAAGAAAUGAGGCACAUGAAAGCUAAUUGGAAGUCUCAUAAUUUCCAACUAGAGUCAAUAUGUUAGAAAUUCACCUCUACGAAGUGUUUUUUCUACUCUGAGACUUGAAAUUUUAGUUUCAGAAAUUUGUUCUGUUUUGAAUGUGAGCUGCAAAUUGGAAAAAGCUGCUUGCCCAACAUUUUUGCUAUUGUUACUUAAUUGAUUGUCUUGGUGGCAAGCCAUUUUUGUUAGA